CUACAUCUUCCCCUACCAUUUCCAUUUCUGAUUUUUUCUUGCCAAACUAUAGGAAUCUCUCUGCUUUUAUGGGCAGACAAUCACCAUCCUCUCUCCAAUCCUCUUUCCUCACAUCCAUCUAUCAACCAAAGAAGCCUUCUUAUUUUCUCUCUUCAUCUUUUUUCGGCCAAUGCAGCCAUAGUUUCUCUCAUUAGAACAACGCUUCACGUAUCAUUUUCUUUUCCCUCAAGUCUCUCCAAAUGGAUCCAAUCUUCUCCAGUUAUGCCAUCUACAUCACCCUCACUUUGUUUACAGUAUCCACUUCCCUUAUUGGAGGAGUUUCAGGGGCUAAGUUUACAUUAAUCAACAGAUGUAGCUACACAGUAUGGCCUGGUAUUCUUGCCAAUGCUGGAACCGCUGCAUUAGACAGCACCGGGUUUGAGCUUCCACCUGGUGGGUCUCGUUCAUUUCAAUCACCACCAAAUUGGUCCGGUAGAUUCUGGGGCAGAACCGGCUGCACAUUCGAUCCAGUUACUGGUCAAGGAAGCUGCCAAACGGGUGAUUGUAGCAGCAACCUAAUUGAAUGCAACGGCAAAAAUGCGAACCCACCAGCUACUCUAGCAGAAUUCACGAUCGGGUCGAGCACCCAAGACUUUUACGAUGUCAGCUUAGUUGAUGGGUAUAAUUUACCAAUGAUUGUAGAACCCAGUGGCGGCUCCGGCAAUUGCUUGUCAACUGGAUGUAUAACCAAUUUGAAUCAGCAGUGUCCUGCUGAACUGCGGGUAGGGUCCGGUGAGGCCUGUAAAAGUGCUUGUGAGGCUUUUGGGAGCCCUGAGUACUGUUGCAGUGGAGCAUAUGGGACACCAGACACAUGUAAGCCAAGUGUUUAUUCGCAGAUGUUUAAAGCUGCGUGUCCGAGAUCUUACAGUUAUGCUUACGAUGAUGCAACCAGCACUUUUACAUGCAGUGGAGCAGAUUACACUAUCACAUUCUGCCCUUCAGCACCAAGUCAAAAAUCUGCUAGAGACCCGUCUCAAACUCCAGGCACAAGCACAACGAAUGAGUCAGAAGCAGGAUCAGGAUCAGGAGAUGGGCUCAACACUUCAUGGUUGUCAAACAUUUUCUCUGGAGAUUCAUCCACAACUCUUUCUUCUUCUGCUUGGCCCUUCACAUUGAUCUUUUCUCUGUUCCCCUUUUUCCUUUACUUAUAGAUUAUUGCUCUUUCUGCACAUGCAAUUUCAGUUGUGACUUUUUCAUUCAGAGGAAAGCCUGACAAGUAGAUGACUACUGAUGAAAUCCAGAUUGUAAAGCCAAUUUUCCAGGCCACACAUGUACAGACAAAAUUAAAACCUUUUUUUUUUUCAGGAGCUUAAUACUAAAUCCCCCCUUUUUUUUAUAAUUUGGAGUAUGAAGGAUUUGUAAUGCAAAGCAAUAAAAUAAGUAGAAAGAAAGAGAUUUUCAAGACUUGAAAAUGAUUA